AUGUGUAGAUUCACUGCGAAUAUCUGCAAAAUUUGCCGCGCUUUCUAUCGCUAUGAUAAGGACUAUUGCCUCCCUGUUCUCCAGUUUUGCCGGGUGGUGUACGAUGGCGAUGAUGUCGACCGCUUUAUACAAAAUCAUUGGCGUUCUACGAGAGUACUAUGCGAGGGCUUCGAGAUAUCACGCCCCCCCAAGCGAGGCUAUUGCGUGGUGCAUGUCGACGCCGCCUUGAUAUUUAUGAAUACACACGGCAUACCGCUUGAAGAUACGGCUGCCCUCCCUCUGUGUUACGAAUCGGAUAUUUACGCGUUUCUCUUGUCGAGAAGCAGCAUGAUACGUUCCCGCAGCAUGUCAUCUGAUACCAUGCCGCCGCUUCUCAGCCCGUCAGAGGACGAGCUUGAUUCCAUCUCCCCUUCUUCGCCGGGGUCGCCUGUCGGUCCAGCGCCUGGUACGAUGCAGCUUCUCGGCCGUGAGCUUGAUGCAGUUUCGGAUCAACUUCCUCAGCUGCCACCAUCUGUCGACGAGGAAGAGUCGCAGUCUCACGAUGGCUCAUUUCACACUCAUGAUGAAGGCGGCACGGGACACGAGUCAGAAUCACUUGAAUCGGGCGAAGAAAGUUACAAGUCUGCAGAAGAGGAAGCGUCUGAUGAUGAUACGGAGGAAGGCUCUGUAGUGUAUGCAUCCACGGCAACUCAGACGUCUCAGGCACUGCAACCAGAUACCCGCAGACCGGCUUUUCCAACGCUGAGGCUGCGACCUGCUCCCGAAAAUGAUCCUCGACCCGUGGAGUUUCGGAGGCUUCACGGAGCCCCUCCAGCGAUUGACUUGGCUUAG